GGUUUCGGCCCGUCUGGCCCGGCAACUCAAAACCUUGAGCCUCCAAAACCCACAGUCUAAAAUGCUGACAUGCAGUCGUUCCCAAGACUGGUGGCGCUUCCUCUCUUUCCGACAGCAUCAGCCUCCUAAAUCCAUUUUCCACCGCUGCUUCCGCCUCCAGCCACCGCAGAUGGGCAAGGCUGACAAAGCCAGCUCCAACUCCGCCCCGGAGUAUCCGAAGGAUGAAGCUUAUCUCCAAGCAGUAAUCCCUAAGCGAAUUUUGCUCUUCGAAUCUAUCAAAUCCCAGCAGCAAAUGCAGCGCCUCUCCCUCUCCCCCGACCCCAUCAAGGUCGAGUUACCAAAUGGAGCUGUAAAAGAAGGAAAGAAAUGGAAUACAACACCUUUUGAUAUUGCAAAGGAACUAUCCAAGAGCUUAGCGUCGAAUGCUUUGAUUUCGAAGGUCAAUGGGGCGCUCUGGGAUAUGAUGAGGCCGCUGGAGGGUGACUGUAAGAUCGAACUGUUCACAUUUGAUAGUGAUGAGGGCCGUGAUACUUUCUGGCACUCGAGUGCUCAUAUUCUUGGCCAGUCUGUGGAGAUGACUUAUGGUUGCCAAUUGUGCAUUGGUCCGUGCACAACUAGAGGGGAGGGUUUCUACUAUGAUGCAUUCUAUGGGGAUUUUGGGUUGAAUGAAGAUCACUUUAAACAGAUUGAAGCACAAGCGGCAAAAGCGGCCUCGGAGAAACAACCUUUUGAGCGUAUUGAAGUUUCAAGGGAACAAGCUCUUGAGAUGUUUUCUGAUAAUAAGUUUAAGGUUGAAAUUAUUAAAGAUUUACCUGUGGACAAAACUAUCACAGUGUACAGAUGCGGCCCUUUGGUAGAUCUAUGUCGUGGUCCACAUAUUCCAAACACAUCUUUUGUUAAAGCGCUUGCAUGCACAAAGGCUUCCUCAGCGUACUGGAGGGGUGAUAAAGACCGUGAAAGCUUGCAAAGGGUUUAUGGAAUAUCUUAUCCCGAUCAAAAGCGCCUAAAGGAAUACCUUGCAAUGUUGGAAGAAGCAAAGAAAUAUGAUCACAGGGAACUGACCAAGAAGCAGGAACUCUUCUUCUUUCACCCUUUAAGCCCUGGAAGUUGCUUCUUUCUUCCCCAUGGUGCUAGAGUGUGCAACAAACUGUUGGAGUUCAUGCGCAGUCAGUACUGGAAACGAGGUUUUGAAGAGGUUUGGAGCCCAAACGUAUACAAUAUGCAGCUUUGGGAAACAUCUGGUCAUGCUGCAAACUAUAAGGAGAAUAUGUUUGUAUUUGAGAUUGAUAAACAAGAAUUUGGUCUCAAGCCAAUGAAUUGCCCUGGCCAUUGCUUAAUCUUUGACCAUAGAGUUCGUUCAUAUAGAGAACUGCCACUUAGGCUUGCAGACUUUGGAGUGCUCCACAGAAAUGAGGCCAGUGGUGCACUUACGGGAUUAACACGUGUAAGAAGGUUUCAGCAGGAUGAUGCUCACAUCUUCUGUAGGGAGUCACAGGUGAAAGAUGAAGUCAGAGAAGGACUAGAAUUCAUUGAUCAUGUCUACAAGACAUUUGGGUUCACAUAUGAGCUGAAGCUAUCUACAAGACCGGAAAAAUAUCUUGGAGAUGUGGCGACCUGGGAUAAAGCAGAAGCUGCUCUUUCAGAUGCGCUCAAUGAAUUUGGCAAACCAUGGGAGAUAAAUGAGGGCGAUGGAGCAUUUUAUGGGCCAAAAAUUGAUAUAAGUGUCUCUGAUGCAAUGAAAAGGAAAUUCCAAUGUGCAACACUGCAGCUGGACUUUCAACUUCCUCAGCGCUUCAAGUUAUCUUAUUCAGCAGAAGAUGAGAGCAAGCGGGAAGUACCGGUUAUGAUACAUAGAGCUAUCCUUGGUUCAGUGGAGCGCAUGUUUGCCAUACUUUUGGAGCACUUCAAGGGGAAAUGGCCUUUCUGGCUAAGUCCACGCCAGGCGAUGGUUUGCCCUGUAUCAGAUAAAUCUCAAACAUAUGGAGUAGAGCUGCGCGAUCGAAUUCAUAAUGCGGGGUUUCAUGUUGAUGUUGAUACAUCAGACAGGACUAUCCAGAAAAAAAUACGAGAAGCUCAGAUGGCACAAUACAACUUCAUUUUAGUGGUUGGUGAAAAGGAGGUUACCACCAGAGAGGUUAGCGUCCGAGUGAGAGACAAUCCAGAUCACAAGGUUAUGACAGUCGAUGAGCUCCUUUCUCACUUCAAGGACUUGGUGGCAUCAUAUCAGUAGUAGUAUCUGCCAUUAUUUUCUACAAAUACCUCAUUUUAGUUCUCUAUUUCCUCACUAAUUUCUUCCUACUCCAUAUUUAGUUAGGUCUUACAUACUUAAACUAUAUAUUAACAAUUAAGUUAUAUGUUUAUACCCUAUUCAUUUCCACUUUAUAGCUUAUUGUUGUACUUGUCAUAGUUUUCAUAGAAUAUGAAUAUUGGGUUGAUAUAUUUUACAGGACCCGCU